AUGCACCAGCAGAACUACAGUCAGAACGGCCAACAGCGUUCUCCUCGCUCGUCACUCGCCCAUACCGAGCCCGCCGAGAGUGACGAUGGCGGCUUCCAGACGCUGAGCGGGGACGAUGCCGAGAACGACUACGAUGAUCAGAACGAAAGCGUGCGCAGUGGCAAGCGCAAGCGGCCAAUCUCUGUCUCGUGCGAGCUAUGCAAGCAGCGAAAAGUCAAAUGCGAUCGAGCCCAGCCGUCAUGCGGCUGGUGCAGCCGCAACGGCGCGCUCUGCGAAUACAAGGAACGGAAGAAGCCCGGCCUCCGCGCCGGCUAUGGCCGCGAGCUAGAACACCGGCUCGACAAGCUCGAGGAGAUCCUACGCACUCACUCGGAAAUACUCCAAUCCUCCCUCGCGGCAAACACGUCUCCCGCUAGCGGCGGCAGCGGCCACUUCGUCCCUCACAACCCGCCGUCAAGCGUGAGGGGCAGCAAUGCCAGUCUUCCAAGCGACCACGGGACUCCCAGGGACACGGCCGCUCCGCCGUUAUUCUCCCGCACGGCCGCUGAUAGUCUGCGGACUCCACAGGCCGAGACAGCUUUAUUCCUGCAGAAGCCGUCGAUCUUCCCCACCACGUCCCAGGGCGUCGAUUUCGGUCAACCGCCGCCCUCGCACAGCAUCCAUGACAACUACCAAGCGGUCAGCGGUAUCUCCCCGCCUAAUAUACCGGGAGCCAUCGCGCCCACCCCAGCCGCCCAGGAAUACUACGGGACAGGUCCUGGCGCGAACCCAGCACUCCAGUCCCCCACGGCCAACGUCACACAAGGCCAUGGUCAGAUAUCUUCGGACCAAGACCUCCCUCCGUACGACCUCCUCUAUGCCCUGGUGGAUCUGUACUUUAAGCACGUCAACACGUGGUGCCCGAUCCUGCAUCGGAAGACAACUCUUGACUCAUUGUUUGGUCCGUCGAUAAUUGAAGAGACGGAUAAGAUAUUAUUGCAUGCAAUUGUCGCAACGACCCUUCGCUUCUCAACAGAUGCCCGGCUCACGGACGAGCGAAGACACCAUUACCACACUGUCUCGAAACAGCGUGUUCUCCUAUAUGGCAUGGAGAAUUCGUCAGUCAAGGCCUUGCAGGCACUUGUCAUUCUCGCUCUGGAUCUUUGUGGCAGUAGCAACGGCCCGCCAGGAUGGAAUAUCAUGGCCUUGAUCACACGCUCCGUUGUCCAGCUCGGUCUCGCUGUCGAGAGCAACUCUUUCUCCGUCUCCCCAAACUACACCUCCAUAUACACCCUGCGCGCCAUGAUCUUACCCGAACCCCGCGACUUCAUCGAGGAGGAGUCGCGGAGGCGGCUCUUCUGGAUGGUAUAUCUCCUGGACCGGUACGCGACCAUCUCGACGGCGUUUGAGUUCGCGCUUGACGACAGGGAGAUUGAUCGCACACUCCCGUGCCGCGAUGACUUGUGGAUAAAGAACCAGAAGGUAGAGACGCGCUGGUUCCGUGCGGAUGACAUGCGCGCCGACGAUUCGAAUAGCAACAACCCGGCGUCCCCCGAAUAUGAAGUGAACAAGCCUCAGAAUCUCGGCGCCUUCUCCUACUAUAUUGAAAUCCUCGGGAUCCUCUCCAAGAUCCAUAAGUUUCUCAAGAAGCCGGUCGAUAUCUCGGCCCUUUCCGACGUGGAAUCAUGGCAGAUGAGGUACAAGGAGCUCGACAAGAUGCUGACCUCGUGGAAAUUCAACCUGCCUAGCGAGUACGGAAACAUGGCAAAGCUGUUCCAGCCAGGAUGCGCCAAGACACUCAACUGCGGGUGGGUCAUGCUCCACGCAACGUACCACACCGCCGUCAUCCGGCUGCACUCGUCGGCCGCGUACCCGACCACGCGGUCGCCCAUCUUCACACCGAGCUACUCGGCCAGCCAGCAGUGUCACGGCGCCGUGGAGAAUAUCGCCGCGCUCAGCGAGUUCGUCGUCAAUCACGGCCUGCUCGUGAAGCUAGGCCCGCCCUUCGCCUUCACGCUCUGGGUAGCCGCCCGUCUGCUCCUCGUGCAUGGCAGCACCGUCGAGCACAAGCUAUCGCCGCAGAUCGCCUUCCUUGUCGACACGCUGCACGCCAUGGGCCGCCACUGGCCCGUCGCAGCGCGCUACUGCAAGCUGCUGCAGCGCGUCCUCGACGAGCACCGCGACAGCGAGCGCCAGGGCGACGGCGUCACGCCCAGUAGCGUCAGGAUCCUCGCCGACAUGCGCCGCACCGCCUUCGACCUUGACUUCCUCAUCAGCCGCCAGCCCCGCCACCUGCCUGUCGCCAGCCACGGCGGCAACGGCCACGGCGGAAACGGCCCUGGCGGCAACGGCAGCGGCAACGGAGGCAACGGCAACGGCAACGGGCAAGGGAACGGGUGGCACGGCCGCUUCCCCAGCAUCACGCCCGCGCGCACGCCCGCGCCCAACGAGCUCGAGUACCUCGACGUCUUUGAGUUCUUCAAUGUGCCCCGGGUCCCGCUGGGCGCGACGGGCCUGCCACUGCCACUGCAGAUGCCGCUCGAUGUGGACGGGAACCCCGUGGCGCCGGGGGACGCGGCGAUGGAAGGCGGUGGAGGAGGUGGCAGUACAGCGGCGGCCUCGGGGGAGUUUAACAUCACUGACUUUAUGGUUGACGCCAACCGGGACUGGCUUUUCAAACAUGACGGGGGUGGCAAGUUUAUGAAUUGA